UUCUACGAUCCAUCUGAUAGGUUGCACGACUGCUGAAGAGGUCUUAAUCCGUUUGGUGGGUCGAUCGUUUCCAGCAGCCGAUGCUUCUCACGCAAAACCACCCGCACCAAGGGCGCACCCUGCACGGCUGGAUCAUCGCCCAAGAUCGGCUACACGUUACCGACGGGUUUUUGGCUCGGCCUAUAUGUGAUAUCAUAUCUAAUAACUGCCCGUCUCGUCUUUCCACGGAGGAAAAUUCUCUCAAUGCAACCUCCCGUCUGAAAUACACAUCCUGUGCUGCAAAUCUAACCACGUGGCGUGGUCUAAGCAUCAGCAGCCUCGUCUUCUCUUCUAUUUGGUCACUAGUCAAGCAUCAUGGUUGCAGUAGCCUCUGAAGGGCUGCCUCUGGAUGACCGUUCCAAAGACCUCAAAAUUCCAAUCAUCGCAUUGAUCGUACUCAGUUCGAUAUUUGUGGGCUUGCGCCUGUACAUUAGCUGGAAGAACCGCAACUUCUUCCAGCUGACGGAUCACUUUCUAUGGACAGGUCAUCUGUUGGCAAUUGUUGGCGCUGCCUUCGCCUAUAAGACAGCUGAGGUCGGCGGCGGCAGACAUGUAUGGGAUCCAAUCCAGACUCCAGCCAACCUGGAGAAAUAUCUGAAAUGGCUCUGGUUUGGCCAGCUUUUCAACCUUUAUGGCAUGGCCUUGAUCAAGCUCAGCAUUUGUGCCUACAUUCUCAUGCUUGACUUCUCGAGAGCCUAUCGCAUCGUCAUCUGGCUAUCAGUCGUCAUACACGUCGCUUUGAACUUCGUUUUCCCUUCUGUCAUCCUAUUAGGCGAAUGUCAGCCAAUCUCCAAGCACUGGGAUGUUGCCGGCACUCAGCCAGGUAGCUGCUGGGGCGACAAGCCCAGAGUUAUCUCAGGCUACUCUGGUGCAGCAACAAACAUCUUUACCGACAUGAUCUAUACCGUGGCGCCUUUAGUAUACAUAUCGCGUGUUCAACUACCCAAUCGCACACUUUGGGGUGUACGCGCUGUCUUUCUGUUCGGUCUCAUCACGACUACUAUAUCAGCUCUGAAGCUCUAUGAAAUGAAGGCCCUCUACUCUUCGCCAGACCCUACAUACACAUCACUUGAUCUAUCGAUCUUCGCGGUAUCCGAGGUCUUUGUCGGCGCGUUCACCGCUUCCCUACCGCCUUUACGCAAAACCUUCGAAACACUUCUCCGCCGUAUCCUCCCGGAGAGUAUCCUUGGCUCGGCAUCGCAAAGCAGGAAGAGCGCUGGCAAGGGUACAGACAACAGCUAUGUCAUGAAAGAGGUCGGAAACAGUUACGUGCUCGACGGUAACACCUCGGGGAAUCAGUCGCGACCAAAGCAUGAUCUAGACAACGAUAGUGAGCACAGUAUACUGGACGCACAAAGCAGUCUGGAAGGGAAAGAUGUUGUGGGAAACAUAACGUGUACAACCGACAUCAAUGUAUUAGGGGAUGAUCAAGGGAGCGUUAGGAGCCGAGGGCAUGAUUGGGUUUAAGCCAUUUGCGUAUUCGCGGAUCUGGUCUCGUAAUGAUAACGAUUGCAUGACUACUGAACACUCUCUACUUCUCCACUGCAACUGGGUCAGAA